CGUUCACAUGGUAAACAUACAGACGAUCCAAAAGUAGGGCCGACACCAAAAUUUUAGCAAACACCAAGACAGCUGAGUGAGUACAGAACAGUAUAUUUAUAAAAUGAGUGCUAAAAGGAGAGGCAGGCGGUCAAGAGUACCUGCUGAUGCACAGAACCCAAAUAACUCAAAACUUAUCAAUGGGAAGGGUUGUUUUUUCUCUGAGUCAACAUUCCAGCGUAUUAUGGGCCCUGAGCCCACAUUUGAAGAGAAAAUACUAGCACAGCUUGCCAGGCUAAAGACAGAGAACCGUGAAGAGAAACAAAAGGCAGCUAAACAAACCCACAAAAAGAAAGCUAAAAAGUCUUCCAGUGCUACAGAUGGUGAGGCUGAAAUAAAAGUUGAACCAAAAACAAGAUUACCUCAAGGUACUGUGGCAGAUGUUCCACACAGUUUGACUGCAGAUAUAUCAAAGGAUGUUGCAGAAGAUCUUAAAGCAGAUAUUCCACACAGCAUUAUGGGAGGAAUCCCAUACACUGUUACUGUAGAUAUCCAACAGAAUGUUAAAGCAGAUAUCCCAGAUAUUGGAAUGGGAGAAAGUCUAUUCUGUGUUACUGUAGAUAUCCCACAGAAAGUUAUGGCAGAUACUCCACAGAAUGUUAUGGCAGAUAUCCCACAAAAUGUUACAACAGAUAUGCCACAGAAUGUUACAACAGAUAUCCCACAGAAUGUUACAACUGAUACUACACAGAAUGUUACAACAGAUACUACACAGAAUGUUACAACAGAUAUCCCACAAAUUAUGGUACAAAUGCCAUACAAUGUUACUGCAAAUAUCUCAGAAAGUAUCUCUGAGAUCAAUUCUACAGACAUGAAACUAACCCAUCUUGAAUAUAAUCUAGAUGACAGCCUACAGCUUUCAGACAACAAACAAGUAUUUAUUUCUGAAUCUGGCACCUGCGUCAAGGCCGAAGUUUCUUCAAGCUCACAAGCAAUCAGCUUGGCUGCUGGCCAUGAAUCUGGUAGUUCAGUGGUACCACAUUCUGGUAGCUUUAACCUGAAGAAUGUGCAAGAUUUAAGAAGUUUUGAGCAGGGUACUGAGACUAUCAUAGAUUCCUUGAACGAAUUAGAUUCAAGAAGCUGUGAGGUAGUUCCCAAUGAAGAGAAGUCUGAGGAGACUUCUGAAGAUUUGUGUUGUCUGGUUAUGCCCUCAAUUUCUGAUGAUGAUGACAGUGAGGAGGAGACGAUAGCUGAUCAUCUGACAAGGGAAUCAAAAGAUAAAAGUGUUGAUAAAAAACCAAGUACAGUGCAAGAACUUUCUGCAUGUGCAUCAUUGUGUGUUGUGUCCGGUGUGAGUAGCUCUAGUCAAAAUGUAGAUAGCAAUCUGAACAACUCGGAUAAGUCCAACUCUACGCAACACUCUGCUCCGUGUGCACCAGAUGAAAACUCCAUGCAGAAAUCUUCUUCAUAUGUGCAAGAUGUCAACUUCCCAAUGCAGAAUUCUUCUUCAUAUGUGCAGGAUGUCAACUUUCCUAUGCAGAAUUCUUCUUCAUAUGUGCAAGAUGUCAACUUUCCUAUGCAGAAUUCUUCUUCAUAUGUGCAAGAUGUCAACUUCCCUAUGCAGAAUUCUUCUUCAUAUGUGCAAGAUGUCAACUUUCCUAUGCAGAAUUCUUCUUCAUAUGUGCAAGAUGUCAACUUCCCUAUGCAGAAUUCUUCUUCAUAUGUGCAAGAUGUCAACUUUCCUAUGCAGAAUUCUUCAUAUGUGCAAGAUGUCAACUUUCCUAUGCAGAAUUCUUCUUCAUAUGUGCAAGAUGUCAACUUCCCUAUGCAGAAUUCUUCUUCAUAUGUGCAGGAUGUCAACUUUCCUAUGCAGAAUUCUUCUUCAUAUGUGCAAGAUGUCAACUCCCCUAUGCAGAAUUCUUCUUCAUAUGUGCAAGAUGUCAACUUUCCUAUGCAGAAUUCUUCUUCAUAUGUGCAGGAUGUCAACUUUCCUAUGCAGAAUUCUUCUUCAUAUGUGCAAGAUGUCAACUUCCCUAUGCAGAAUUCUUCUUCAUAUGUGCAAGAUGUCAACUUUCCUAUGCAGAAUUCUUCAUAUGUGCAAGAUGUCAACUUUCCUAUGCAGCAUUCUACUUCAUAUGUGCAAGAUGUCAACUUCCCUAUGCAACCUUCAGCUCCAUGUCCACCAAAUGAAAAUAACUCUAUGGAACAAACAACGCCUUACGUGCCUGAUGAAAAAUACCUUAUACAGCAGUCAGCCCCUUAUACAAAUGUGCCUUCCACUUCCAACUGGUCAGAGGAAGAUAUCCCUAUAUUUUCAAUCAAAGACCCCACGGAGCCUGCUGUUCAAACUUCCACUCGCAGUUCUCAGAGAAACACCAUUUGGUCGACGCAAGAAGAGAAACCAAAGGAACAGAAAAAAGGAGCGGAGGAUGCAAAACAAGUUCUGGAAUUUAAACAUUCAGAUUUAUUAAAAGCUGAACAUGCUAAGUAUUUGAUACUGUACAACAAAUAUGUGAAAGGAUUCAUGCAGGGGACAGCGCCUUCUGUACUUACUACUGAUGAAAUGCGUGAACUCUCUACGUUUGAGAAACUACAAAGUAGAGUUAUCAAGGAGCAGGAAGAAUUUCAAGGAUAUCUGAAAGAAAAUGCCUUAAGAAAUCCUAAAUUUUAUUUAUUUUUGAAAAACCCAGCUAGAUUUUAUACAGCAAACAAAAUAAAUGCAUUCCGACUCUCCAAGAAACACAUCAAUGUAUUCAGUCAACUAAAUCAGCUCAAGGUUCCUUUUGUCCAGGUAUCUGAUCCAGCUGACAUGGUUUUCAAGAAAACUUUGCUAGAAGUGGGAUUGCCUCCAAAAAUUGUCCUCCCUGACAUCCAAUCUGGCAACAAACCUGUGGCCAUACCCACUAAAGAUAAGAAAGUCAGUGCUGUGUUCCCAACAAGGAAAAAAAACUGUCCAGGAUUCAUUCACCAUGAAUUUGUGAGUUGUGAUGACAAUGUAAAAAAUCUGGCGUGUAAGUACAAGAUUCCAGUGGUCAUGUCAUCCAGUGUGGUCAAGUGUCUUUUCAACAACCACGGGCCAAACUAUGACAGAGCUUGGAACAUUCCAGUCAUCAUCAAGGACCAAGUGUCAGAUGGUGAACAUUGCAAAGUUGUCUACCUUGAUAAGCCAGUAUUUGAAGAUGAUCUUCGCAUGAGGGACUACAACGCCAUGUUUCACAAGUACGCUGUGCGAACGUUUAUCUCUCACCCUAACCCAAAGCUCAACAAGACACUGAAGCAGCUGAAGAACUUUAAAACUGAUCUUGGCGGUGAAAAAACAUUGGAUGAUCCGUUUGACAUGUUUUCUUCAUCUGUGGUGAACCUUGAAACAUUCGGCAGUGCCAGUAGAAGUGCUGCAAACACAGAGUUCCUGGUAGAGAAUGUCCCUGACGGCCAGAAUGUCCCCAGUGGACGGGGUAAAAAACGGGCGCGUAAAUCCAAAUACAUGGAUUAUGAUGGUAUGGAGGCAACAGAAUCAGUGCCACAGGGGGAAGACUGUGGUGUAAGAAAGGUUGAUUUGGUCAAGGAUGGAGUUGAGAUCUCAGAAGAUGAUGAACCUUUGAGUAAGUUGAGGAAAAUUAGCUCUGUUCAGGUAUCUGUGUCAGCCCAGGGUGAUAAAUCAAGUGGUCAGACUCCAUCAACAGUCCAGGGUAGUAAGUCUAGUGGUCAGCUAGAAACAGCACCCGAUGACGACAAAUCCUCAGAGACAACUCGAUCACUAAGAAGCUGCCGUACUGUGAGUAAAGACAAUCACAGCUCGGAGACUGACACAGAAGACAUGCGGUUAGCUAAGAAAAAGCUAGAGAAGGGAGAUAGCCAUAAGGAGGAUAUUGCUGUGGGCAGUAAUGAUGAGGGUAAGAACUCUGACCAGGCCGGAGUGGUCAAGCGCAAGAGAGGUAGGCCUAAAAAGGUAUCUCAUGAAAAAGCCACUGACAAUGAAAGUCACUCAGAAAAAGAACAAAUUCUGAAUGAAAAUGAAUUAGCCACAGGUAGCACUGAGACUUUUAAGAGAAGGAGAGGAAGACCAAAAAAGGUCGUCGCCCCAGAGAGUAUAGGAAAUGUAGAUUUUCCAGUGUCUUCUCCACAGCAAGUUCAGUCCUCAACAAGCAUUUGCUCAUCCCUGGCUUCACAUAGCACCAUGUCAACUAUCACUCCCCACAACAUUAGGUCACCAGCUACUCCACACAGCGCUAGAUCACCAGCCACUCCACACAACAUAAGGUCACCAACCACUUCACUUAGUGCCAAGUCACCAACCACUCCAAACAACAUAAGGUCACCAACCACUUCACUUAGUGCCAAGUCACCAACCACUCCACACAACAUAAGGUCACCAACCACUUCAGUUAGUGCCAAGUCACCAACCACCCCACACAACAUAAGGUCACCAACCACUUCAGUUAGUGCCAAGUCACCAACCACCCCACACAACAUAAGGUCACCAACCACUUCACUUAGCGCCAAGUCACCAACCACUCCACACAGCCCUGAGUCACCAACAAGGUGCCAAAACAUCCAGGAGAUUCCUACGUCCCCCACCUCGGAUGAGCCAGCCACAUCCUCCAUGCCAACACGGAUAAUACCACUGUCUCCGGAUAGCUCACCUCUACCCAAGAAACUAGCUAGAACCACAAAACCUCCAAUCCCCACCAACUUUUUCAGCCCACUAGACUCUAUUCUAGGCCCCAACAAAAGCAACCAAGACUCUUCAGGAUCUAUAUUUUCACAAGAGGAUCCAUCAGAGUAUCUCCCUCCCACUGAAAGUCACUCCAGCAUCAUGUACAACUGGUGGAAGAUUGGAACCACUGAUGUACUCAUUCGGUGCAGAUGUCAUGGAGUCUUGAACACUCAGAAAGGGGCAAAGCCAGUGUAUAUAAGCCCUAAAAUGGAGUACCAGACUUGCUAUGGUUUAGAACAAGUCACACUGGAGGAGAUGGUGAAAAGCUGGACCUCAUGUUUUAUAAGGAACAAUACAAAUUUACUUAGAGUUCGAAUCAAUGCUUUCACCUCACAGAUAUUGAUGUAUGAAGAAUUGCAGUUACACCAAAUGUUACAGUCCACAUUAAAUUUUAAACCUUCUUCUUCCUUUGAAUUUGUUAAUAAUCUUUUGAAGCAAUUGACUGGCCUUGAGUGCGGCAAUUAUCUGAUAUCUCAUGAACCUGGUGCAGAUCACUGUGUCAUUAAAUUUGAAAAGAAGAUCACAAGUGAUAUUAGUGAAAGAGAUGAGGCCAUGCACCAGCCAAAGAAGAAAAGACCAGUUGAUGAAAUCAUUCCAUGGAUACCUAUCGACCCAACACUUUUGCUUCCUUAUCACGUCACAAAUAAUAGGAUCCCUGCCACCUUUUUACCUAAAGACGCUGUGAAGAAGUUUGACAACAAAAAUGGAAACAAAGGUGGAAAUCAGAAUAUGGGAAAUGAUAAGAAGCACCAGUACAAUAAACAGGGUGGCAACCAGAAGAAUAUGGGAAAUGAUAAAAAGCACCAGUACAACAAUAAACACGGUGGAAAAAAUAAUAAAAAGUUUUAGUUUU